UAAGCCCCCCCCCAAAGCCCUCUGGGCUCUCUGCAUGGGGAAGGGGCUGUGUUCCCCACUGGGAUGAGCAUCACAGCAGAGGAACCUACUACAGUUUGGCGGGUUUCUGGGAGCCAGCAGCUUUUUCAGUGAAAGAGGAGUCUCUCUCAUGAGACACCCCCAGGGUGACUCACAGUUCCUUGGCAAAGGAGAGGAAGGAACUGACUUUAAAAGAGACAUCCAGGGUCUGUGGGUAAGCACUGCCCAAGGAAGAGAUGGGAGAAGAAGGUUUGGGAAACUCUUGGGACGCUGGACGUGCAUGAACCUGGAUCUAUCUCACUGGAUACUUUGUGAAUGACCACGGGGAGAAGUCUGCGUCAGGAGUGAGCAGCUGGAGGAUGAGGAUUUUCCUGAUCUGGACCCUUUUCUCAGGUGGCUGGGCAGUGACAGGCCCUGCACAGGUGACAGGCAGGCAGGGUGGGUCACUGGAGGUGUCCUGCAGCUACAAGCCACGCUACAAGCACAACCCCAAGUACUGGUGCCGCCAGGACUCCCUCUGGACUUGCCACCGCGUUGCCCAAACCAACGGCUCGGAGGUGACGGUGACACGGGGCAGGGUGUCCAUUGGGGACAAACACGCAGCACACUCGUUCACGGUGGUGCUGAGCAACAUGACACUGGAGGACACCGGCUGGUACUUCUGUGGAGUGGAUAGGAGGCUGUGGUUCGACACGUGGCACACCACUGCGGUGAUGGUCUCUCCAGCUGUUUCAACCACAUCCGAGGGCAGCAACAUGAGCCCGUUACCCACCAAUGGCCACACUGGGAAGCCUCCAGUGCUGUCCCAGCUCGAUGUCACCUACCUGCUGCUUCUGCUCGGUGUGAAAGUGGCCGUGGUGCUGGUCCUGGCAUGUGGGGCUGCCUGUGUGAGGACCUGGGGCAGCAGCCACAACCAGGAAAACCUGCAGCUCCUGGAGGUGGCUGACAGCACCGGGACACUGGACUGUCCGUCUGCCCUGGAGACACAGAGUCACCCUUCUGUCCCCUUGCCCCCCAUCCUGCCGGGGCUGCGACACCCAUCACCGCCCCCCCGGGCUGGGAGCUGCUCAGCACCGAGUGCAUCUUUCCUUGGGAAGCCUCGGCCCCUCCUGCCAGCCCCCAUGCUGGAGAGGGGAGGGUUUGGGGCACAGAGAGCCUGUAUCUGCUGAGCUGGGGCUGCCAC